UGCGGCGGGAGCGGCGGCCGCUGCUCGGGGACCGGCGCCGGGGCCGCCAGAGCCGGGGCCGGGGAGGCCCGUCCCGGAGCCCGGAGCCCAGCCCGUUCCGCCCGCAGCAUGCACCCGGCGGGGGUCUGCGCCGCCUCGCUGGGCUCCCUGGGGCUGCUGCGCUUCCUGGGCGCUCCGUGGCCCUGGAGCCUCGCCGCCACUCUGGGCAUCUGCCUGGGCAGCGGCGGGUGGCGGCUGCUGCGGCUGCUCUUCAGGACGGCCCCGCGGGAUCUCUUCGGCCUCUCCGUGCUCCUUCGAGUCAAGUACAAGCUGAGGAGGCACCAGAAGGCCAAAAGCACCAUCCCCAAGAUGUUCCAGGCCGUGGUGCGCCGGCACCCCGACAAAGUGGCCCUGAUCUACGAGGCCACGGGCGAGCAGUGGACCUUCAGGAGGCUGGAUGAGUACUCCAACGCCGUGGCCAACUACUUCUACCAGCAAGGCUUCCGCCUGGGGGACGUGGUGGCCAUCUUCAUGGAGAGCUGCCCCGAGUUCGUGGGGCUGUGGCUGGGGAUGGCCAAGGUCGGCAUCGAGGCGGCUCUCAUCAACUUCAACCUGCGCCUGGACUCCCUGGUGUACUGUGUGAGCACGUCAGGCGCCAAGGCCGUGAUCUUCGGAGGGGAGCUCUCCUCAGCGAUAUCCGAGGUGAAUGGGAUGUUGGGGAAGAACAUGGCCAAGUUCUGCUGUGGUGACUAUAACCCAGCCGUGGUUCCUGUGGACACCAGACACCUGGAUCCUCUCCUGAGCUCUGCCUCCAAGUCACCCCCGACUCAGAUUCCAGUCAAAGGCUUAGAUGACCGGCUCUUCUACAUCUACACUUCAGGAACCACGGGAAUGCCCAAAGCUGCCAUCGUGGUGCACAGCAGGUAUUACCGCAUCGCUGCCUUCGGUUACUACGCCUACAGGAUGCGCCCCGAGGACAUCCUCUACAACUGCCUCCCCCUCUACCACUCUGCAGGGAACAUCAUGGGCGUGGGGCAGUGUCUGAUCCACGGCCUCACCGUGGUCAUCAGGAAGAAGUUCUCAGCCAGUCGCUUCUGGGACGACUGCGCCAAGUACCGCUGCACGAUUAUUCAGUAUAUCGGGGAAAUCUGCAGGUACCUCCUGAAGCAGCCGGUGCGAGAGUCCGAGAGCCAGCACCGCGUGCGCCUGGCGGUGGGCAACGGGCUGAGACCCACCAUCUGGGAGGAGUUCACCAGGCGCUUCGGGAUCCAGCAGGUCGGGGAGUUCUACGGAGCCACCGAGUGCAACUGCAGCAUCGCCAACCUGGACGGCAAGGUCGGCGCCUGUGGCUUCAACAGCCGGAUCCUGCCCAACGUGUACCCCAUCCGCCUGGUGAAGGUGAACGAGGACACGAUGGAGCUGAUCCGGGACUCGGGGGGUCUCUGCGUCCCCUGUCGCCCAGGAGAGCCGGGGUUGCUCGUGGGGCAGAUCAACCAGCAGGACCCUCUGCGCCGCUUCGACGGCUACGUCAGCCAGAGUGCCACCAGCAAGAAGAUCGCGGCCAAUGUGCUGCGCAGGGGGGACCAGGCUUACCUGUCAGGAGACGUGUUGGUGAUGGAUGAGCUGGGCUACAUGUACUUCAAGGACCGCAGCGGGGACACGUUCCGCUGGCGAGGGGAGAACGUCUCCACCACCGAGGUGGAAGGAAUGUUGAGCCACAUCCUGAACCAGACGGACGUGGCGGUGUACGGGGUGGAGGUGCCAGGGGUGGAAGGCAAAGCGGGGAUGGCAGCCAUCGCAGACCCCAAGGCCAAGGUCAACCCCAACGUGCUGUACCAGGAGCUGCAGAAGGUGUUGCCUCCCUACGCCCGGCCCGUCUUCCUGCGCCUCCUGCCCCAGGUUGACACCACAGGAACCUUUAAGAUCCAGAAGACCCGCCUGCAGAGGGAAGGCUUCAACCCCCACCAGACCUCAGACCGGCUCUACUUCCUGGAUCUGAAGUCGGGGAAGUACGUUCCCCUGGACGAGUGCCUUUACGAGAGGAUUUGCUCUGGGAAAGCCGCUUUAUGAUGCGGCCGCGUUCAGCCUUUUUAGGGGUUCGUUUCCCCGCAGCCAACCGACCCAGACCACGGUGACUAAUGGGAGGGCGGCCGCUGGCGGGGUCCCCGCUGGGUUCCCUCCCUGGCAGCGCAUUAACCCGUCUCCCUGCUGCCUCCCCCGGCGCUGACGUCCCCUUUAACCCGGGUUUGCCUCUAGACAGAGUAUUUUUGUAACAGGAGCGGCGUAGGGAGGAAGCCACGUCCCUAUUUAUUCACUGAGCCCCGGGGUAGAUGAGUUGUGGUGUUUAACGUGACCUAACCCCCCGCGGGCCGUGCCCUUAGGGCUGGGGCUGUGAGGGCAUUAAAGACAACGAGGAUUGUGA